UAAUGAAUCUUCAGAUUCCUAAAAGGCUGGAAAUUGAUUUAAUAGUAGAGUUACAAUCAGCUUCUGAAGACUGUCAAUUGAAUAAAAAUUUACUUGGACUGAAGACUGUAUUCUACACAGGUGUCAAUGAGGUCGGACACCGAGGAAGAAGGGAGGGUUAAAGCUGAAAGUACCUGAAGAUGUUCCACCAGUCACACCACCACGAAAUUUGGACAAACGUACAACAAUUACAAUUGGAGAGAGGACUUUUGAGGUUGAGGCGGAUGACCUGGAGAAAAUAUGUGACCUUGGGCGGGGAGCCUAUGGCAUAGUUGAAAAGAUGCGACACAUUCCUAGCGGCACUAUUAUGGCUGUUAAAAGGAUAGCAGCAACUGUAAAUACCCAAGAGCAAAAACGCCUGUUGAUGGAUUUGGACAUUUCCAUGCGGUCAUCUGACUGCCCCUAUACAGUACAAUUUUAUGGGGCAUUGUUCCGUGAAGGAGAUGUCUGGAUAUGUAUGGAGGUUAUGGACACAAGCCUUGACAAGUUCUAUACAAAGGUGUGCCAUCAUGGACGCCAGAUACCAGAGGAUAUUCUUGGAAAAAUUGCCUUUGCUGUUGUGAGUGCACUGCACUACUUGUAUUCAGAACUGCGAGUGAUCCACCGUGAUGUUAAACCUUCCAACAUACUCAUUAACAGAAUGGGGGAGGUGAAAAUUUGUGAUUUUGGUAUAUCUGGGUAUUUAGUUGACUCAGUAGCGAAGACAAUAGAUGCUGGUUGCAAGCCUUACAUGGCUCCUGAGCGAAUAGAUCCUUCUGGUAAUCCUUCCCAGUAUGACAUCAGGUCAGAUGUAUGGAGCCUGGGCAUCUCGUUGUUAGAACUAGCAACAUUGAGGUUUCCUUACAACAUAUGGGGGACACCAUUUGAGCAACUAAAACAGGUUGUUAAAGAUGAUCCACCUAGACUUCCAGCUGGUGAGUUUUCACCAGAAUUUGAAGACUUCAUCAGUCAGUGUCUGCAGAAAGGUUAUACAGCUCGUCCCAACUACAAUCAACUGCUCUUACACCAAUUUAUCCAGAUACAUCAAGAGCGAACUACCAAUGUAUCACAGUUUGUAAGUGAAGUCCUUGAUCUGUCUGAUGAAGGGGUGAUAUAGUUUAGUUUAUAAUUCUUGCAUCACAAAAGUAACAGUUCUGCUCAUCAUCAUUAAACUGUACAAACAUUCAGAGAUAUGCCCAGAAAGUUUGCCUUUUACCAGCUAUCAGCUUUUGUCAACUUAUGAACUGGAUCACUGUUUAUGGAAGAGUAUUAAGUCUUUGUUUAAAAUAGAAAAAAUAAACAUUCCAGUCAUGAUAGGUUUCCUGAAGAACAAUGCUGUGACAAUUUUGUUCAUAAAAAUUAAAACUUUUACAUGUAGAAAUUAUUAACUAACUUUUGUUAUGUUCUUGUCAUAUUUCACAUGAGGGGUCUCUUAUCCAGACAGGAGUGUGUCGUGUGGUCCACAUCGCUUUGCUAACAAAUUGUCUAAAGAGAACAUGGAGAGCAGAGCAUAUUUUUAAUUAUGCUAAUAGCAUGAUAUCCCCACAGUGAAUGUUACCAUUUUACAUGUAUUUAAUAUGCUGCUUAGAACUUUUGAUUGAUAGAUAGUGUGAGUGGAUUAAUGCAUGCCCAUGUUGAGAUUGGGAUACAGAAAGCUAUACUGUUUCUGAUGUUUAGAACACAGGCCUUUUAGCUAACAUAUUCAGGUUCAGUUUCCACUAAGCUGUGCUGGGGCAGACUUUUUCAGUUUCCUCCUGCUUUGUAUUAUUCCAGUCUGCUAAUGUAUUCUUUGCUCAGUAUAUCAAGAAGUUGAUAUGUCAUUAAAAUGAUAUGAUCUGUUGUAAGUAAACAUUUCAAAAACAAUCCUACUUAGUUUCUUCAAAAGAAAUUUAAAAAUGUACUCACCUCCCUCUUAUUUUUCUCUGGACCAUUAUGUUGGUACAUUCUGUAGUUAUCUCAGUCUCUGCAAAUGCAUUGAAAAGUUUCUUUCACCAUUUGUGGAGUACCUAGAUUCAGAAAACAUUAAGAUAAAGUUAAUCAUGGUAAUUAUUUUACUAAACAGUAAUUUUCCUGCCCCUGUAAACUUGCUUAUGUAAGCUGUAUUUUUUGUCAGACAUACUACAUAUUUUUUAUAACAUGUGUUAAGAUACUGAAAAAAUAUUCAUAAUGGGGAAAGGAUCUUGAAGUAGCAUGGUUCAGUAAGUGAACUUCAAUAAGUAAACUGUCAUAUUGUUUAUAAAACCUUUCAUGAACAGGAUUCAUUUUUUCUAACAGAAACAUCGACUUGUACCCUUUCUUUGUUACACAGCAAAUGUUUACUGUAUGUUACAGAUUGCACUAGCAGCAAAUUAUUGUACUGUUUUCCCUCAUGACAAUAGAACAAUAUUUAAGGUACAACAAUUUAGAGACCAUUUCAUUACAGACCAAAAUGUGCAUAAAUUCAUUGCAAUAAACCAGUUCACAUGCUGUGAGAUUCACCAGCCUUAUGCCUGAUAUGUUUUUGCUGCCGUACAAAUCAGUGAUUGUUUCUAUAUUGAAAAGUGACACAAUUUGGCCGUGGUUUUCAACCACUGAAAUUUCCAGAUCUCUCAGCCCCCACCUUUCCUCCUCCCUUUGGACACAGCUUUUUAAAUGAUGUCAUCUCUGAAUGUUUCUAAUAUAGAACAGGAAUCCUAUCAUGUUUAAACAACAGGAGAAGUGACCACAUGACUACAGAAAUUUUGUGUAGGCUGAGGCUCCUAGAUGGGCAUGAAAACAUAGUAAUGGCCUAAUAGCAUUAGAUGUGUGGGUAUGAUGUACAGCAUUCAAUAGUAUAGUUCUUAUUUUUCAAUCAGAUGCUGUAACUAAAUAAUUGGGUGAAUUUGAUUAAUACACAUGAUUGUACUGAAACAAUACUUUGAAUUGAUCUGUAUUGGUUGAUGUGCCCCCCACCCCCCAUUAUUGUUAUUGAGUUUUGAGAGAUAUUUUUGUUUGCUAGGAUGUUUUGGGAUGCCCAGAAAACCUUACACUGCCUUUUGCAGGGCCAUAAUAUGAUUUUCCAAACUAACAUUUUUGCUAUUAAAAUGAAACAGUGAAGAGCAAAAGGUGUUACAGUAACUUGCAUUUAGAAGAUAUUGAAAAACAAACAUGUGGAAAAAGUUAACUAAAAAAUAAACUGCAAUAACUGUACAAGCACCAUGUUAUUAUAUUAGUACUUUGUUAGUGUGUGUCAUUAUUUUUAAUAAGAUUAAUUAUGUAAUUAUUAUUGUGUGAAUGGACUAUUAAAAUUACUGAUAAGUUAAUAUUUGAAGCCUGAA